UGUGCUUUGUGUUGUUUGCGUGCGUGUUGUGGUAUUUAUUUUUGUGUUAUUUAUUGAUUACUUAAACAUAAAUGUGUACGUAGCGUACUUACGAGUUUAUAAUAAAUUGUUCUAACAUCAAGGAUAGUUUAUAUUAGGCUUCGCCAUGUCGGACGAUGAGGUUAUUCGGUUCGAAAUCACCGACUAUGAUUUGGACAACGAAUUCAAUCCAAAUAGAAGAGGAAGAGCUAAAAAAGAGCAACAGAUCUACGGUGUGUGGGCUAAAGACAGCGAUGAAGAGGACAAUGAAGACAACAUCAGACAGAGGACCCGCAAGCCCAAAGACUUCUCAGCGCCCAUCGGGUUUGUUGCGGGAGGAGUGCAGCAGGCUGGCAAGAAGAAAGAGGAGAAAAAAGAAUUAGAACCAUCAGACGCCUCAACUUCCCGUAAAAAAAUCCCAAUAGACAGUUCAGACGAAGAUGAAACACCGAACCCUGAUGAGAGAGACACAGCCGGUCUAAGACGGCAGGGGCAAGGCAUGCGACCUGCAAACCUUGGAGGAAACAUGGGCAACUGGGAGAAACACACCAAAGGCAUCGGCGCCAAACUGCUGUUGCAGAUGGGUUACCAACCAGGCAAGGGUCUGGGUAAAGACCUGCAGGGCAUAUCAGCUCCCGUGGAGGCCACAGUCAGGAAAGGCAGAGGUGCCAUUGGAGCUUAUGGACCAGAAAAGGCUGCUCUCAAAGCCAAGAAAGAAGAAGAGCGCCGUUUGAAAGAGAAAGAAGAACAGGAGAAAGGGACAACAGAAAAGGCAUACAACUGGAAGAAAUCCCACAAAGGGCGGUACUUCUACAGGGACGCCGCUGACGUCAUACAGGAGGGGAAACCAACUUUGCACACUAUUGCCACGAGCGAGUUAUCCCGCGUGCCCGUAAUCGACAUGACAGGCCGCGAGACGCGCGUGCUAAGCGGCUACCACGCGCUACGAGCCGCCGCGCCGCGUUUCGAACACGAACCUCGGAGGAAGUGCAGCAACUUUACCGCGCCACAGCUGGCUCAUAACCUGGCUCUGAUGCUGGACUGCUGCGAACAGGAUAUCAUCCAAAACGCCCGCGAACUCCAAUCGGCAGAAGACGAGAUUGUAGUCCUAGAGCGGGAUCUAGAAGAGUGCGACGGGAAGUUAAAAGAGCAGGACGAAGUGAUCGGCAAAGUGCAGGGAAUUAUAGAGAGAGUGCAAGCGCUGAACAGGCCCGAUGUGUCGUUGGAGACUGCUCACGAUGUGCUGGCUGAUUUGAAGGACGCCUACCCAACCGAGUACGACAUGUUCGGCCUCGGCACCAUAGCUGGAAACCUCGUCAGUCCGCUGCUGAGCGCGCUGCUGGCGACAUGGCAACCCUUAGAGAACCCUGAGGACCCUAUACCGACCUUCCUGAAGUGGAAGAAGCUGCUGACGGACGAAGCGUACAACAGUCUGCUGUGGCAACACUACGUGCCACAUAUUAGUACUGCUGCAGAAGCAUGGAACCCUCGCAUCCCAGGCCCGAUGCUCCGCGCUCUAACCAGCUGGUCGGCAGCGUGUCCCGAAUGGGUGCUCUCAGCUACGGCGUCCCGCUACAUAGUCCCGAAGAUAUUAGCGGCGGUCCGCGCGUGGGACCCGACGGGGGACACGCAACCGCUGCACCAGUGGAUACUGCCGUGGCACGAUUUGGCUGGCGAAGCCCUAGCCCGCGGCACCUACCCAGCGAUCCGCUCGCGGCUCGCCACCGCGCUCGGCGCCUGGCACCCCGCCGACGCGUCCGCGCGGACCCUGCUCGCCGCCUGGCGCGCCGCCUGGGGCGGAGCCCUAACCGCCAUGCUGCACCAGCACGUCGUGCCCAAGCUGGACCACUGCCUGCAGCACGCGCCGCUCGACCUGCUGGGCGGCAGCAACACGGCCUGGCUAUGGUGCGUGGACUGGCUGGAGUUGCUAGGAGCGCCAACUGUGGCGGCCAUAGCGUCGCGCGCGCUACUACCGCGCUGGCUCGCCGCGUUGGCCGCUUGGCUCAAUACCAACCCGCCUCACGCUACCGUGCUUACCUCGUAUACUGAUUUUAAGAAAAUGUUCCCCGAAGAAGUCUUAAAAGAGCCAGCGGUGCGUGACGCGUUCCGAAAAGCACUGGACAUGUUGAACCGAAGCACUGACAUAGACUCCGUCGAACCGCCGCCCCCGCCGCGUUUCACCUCAGAACCGAAGGAAACUUCCAGAAUCGCCGACGUUCUGGCCUCAACCACCCAGCAGAAAAGCUUCUCGGAGCUUCUAGAAGCGAGGUGCUUAGAACGCGGAGUGACGUUGGUCCCCAUAGCUGGAAAGUCCAGGGAAGGCAGGCCGCUGUAUAGGGUAGGGAAUAUGCAGUGCUAUGUGAUCAGAAACGUUGUUAUGUACUCGGCAGAUAACGGGCGGACUUUCGGCCCGAUUAGUAUGGAUAGAUUGUUAAGUUUAGCUGAGGAUUGAUGAAUAAAUAUAAUUUAGAAAAA